AUGAAGAAGAGGUAUGUGAAGAGGGAAAGAGAGAAGGAGCCUGUGGCACGGAAAGCACACACAUCCAUCAGUUCCUGCACUGAGGCCCCUGCUGUUUCUUAUUCUUCAAAGGUCAAAGGGGUUCUCUCUGAGAGUUGCAUGUCCCACUCCACAGUCAUCAUGUCUAAGCCAACAAAUGAUGAUAUUUAUGCAUAUGCGCUGUCCAAGACCGUGACAAAAGUUUCAUCACCUGCAACUGUAGGACUCUACUCUUCAUGUCAGAACCGACUUAACAUGAUCCUCGGGCAAAUGGAAGUGUACAUGAAGCAGGAAGCUGGGCAAGAAUACAAAGGGAGAUCCAGGCCUCGCUCAGUUAAGCUUUCAUUUACUGGCUUUCUAGCCCUCAUUGGCCGAAUGCUCUUCUACAAGCCUAUUUGGACUAAGGAGAACCAGCAGCACCAGAACAUCAGGUUCAUUUCUGUGCAUUUUAGUGCCUGGCAUUUUGCAGGCAGUGACCUGCUUUGGGCCGGGCUAGCUAUAAGGCUGUUUCAGGCCAUGCAGAUAAACUUUGGGAAAUUACAGCUUGUACUUUACCGUGUGGCUCAAUACGAUGAAGAUGACGAAAUCAAGAAGAAGAAAGUGGAGGAUGGUCCUAACAACUGGAGGUCCAAAAAGGUUUGCUGCUGUCCUCUGUGGUUUCUCGUCCUGUCCAUUCUUUUGGUUCCAAUUAUCAUCCUGGUAUUAUUGUUGACUGUUGGCUUUCCCGAAUAUGAGAUGCAACCAGGCGAGGGGGUGAAUGGAACACAAGGCCAGGUGGGCGUGCUGGAGAGCCUCGCCAUCGCUUCUUUAGGAGUCCCUGCAGUAAGCGUGUUGAGGUUUGUUUUUCUGAUGUGUAAGAACUUCAUCUUCAACCAGGAUCUGAACAUCAAGAAGGGGAUGGACAAUGACCGGGUCAGCAGCCAGCUGGGCUUCAUGAACGAAGUGAGGAAGGAAAUGUGGUUUCUGUCUCGCUUCAUCCAGUUUAUGGAGGUGUUUGAGAGGAGAAGGAUCCGAGUGUUACUGAAGAUCACAAACCUGGAUCGGUGCUCCCCCAAGAAUAUUGUUGCAGUUCUGGAUGCCAUCAACAUUCUGCUUUCAGAUGAGGAAAGUCCGUUUAUUUCCAUUUUGGCCGUCAACCCCGAUGUACUUAUACAGAAAGUGAACUUUGCAGAUAGCUGCUUCAGCAAAGAGGACAGAGCUUAUGCACUGCUGAACUGCAUCGUGACUCUGGUCUUCACGGUCCCACCACUGUGCGAUGAUUCAAAGCGCAGUUUAUUUUACAGCCUCACUAGCAAUUCAAAAAUCCCUGCGGACAGAAGCAUGAGGGAAGAUAAACAUAGAAGUGGGGGCCACAAAAAGAGAUAUUCCUCAGAUGUAUCUGUAGAGAUUGCAUUGGAAAUGAAAGAGUCAAAACUGCUUUUGAAUGAAACUACAGCAGAUGAGGAAGUAGAGACGUUGGUCAACAACGUCCUGACCAGCAAUCAAAGGAAUCUGAACAAGUAUAUGUUAGAUGAUGCCAUGUCUAUGAGGAGAGUGAUCAACUCUAUUCGAGUGACUGUGAUCAUCAUGAUGGCCUUGAAGAAAGAGAUUCCUCAACCAGAAUACAUUGCAGCAUGGGUGGUCUUGGCCAAUCAGUGGCCCUGUCGCCUCAGCUGGAUCAUCCAGUGUGCAGAAGAUGCUCAGCAGAGAGCAGGUAUUGAUCAUACAAAUGUGGCCAACAUUGAUGAUUCAAAGACCUUAUGGCAAGUCUACAGUGAGUCCAGGGCAGAGCUGUAUGUGAUGAGUGCACAGAUUGAGGACCUCCUUGAGCAGGAUGGAGAUCCUGAGAUGUUUGAAAGAUUUCUCACAGUGGAUUUCCAAUUCAAGAUAAAGGACUUGAAGGCAUUUGAAGCAGCAACUGUGAACCUGAAUCCUUCAAUUAGGAAGGAGCUUGCUCAGAUCAGAGGGACAUCCAGGCUGAAAGAUUCUGGUUGGAUGAGGAACCUAGCUCCCCUACCAAUCAGAACUAUCAUCAAUAUGGAUACAGAGGAUGUUUGUAAAGAGUUGGAGAGGAUGAACUACUCCAAUAAGUACAUUGAAACUGUGAAAAGCAAUGACCUCAAUGGUUCGGCACUGGUUUUUGGUGAAGCAGAAGACCUUAAAAAACUCCUAAAAAUGACCUUCGGUGAAUGGGCACGUUUCAGACUGCACUUCUUGGGUUUAUCAUCACAUCUCCGACAACAAUACAAGUACAUGCCGCCGACAGCUUAUCAACCUCAGAACCAGCCAUCUAGAUUUACCCUACAUGGUCCCCAUCAUUACUCAUCUAAUCUCAGUGGUUAACAGCUGCAUGUAGGCAUCCAAUCCUUUCCCAGUAAGCCUGAUGUCCAUAAAAUUAUGAUCUGCAAGUGUAACAUAUAUUAUCAAUUUUACAGUAAAAAUGAAUAACCUGUGCAUAAAAAAUCACAUACAGAUUGCAAUGUAUGACUACAAUUUUUAUGCAAAAUGCGUUUACUAGUGUUACUGAUAAAUUAUUAAAUAAAUAGUUCAACAUUUUGGGAAAUGAAAAUCUUGGCAAAAACACCGCUUAGAAAAAUGUUUAAUCUCUUAUAACUGUCAAAUAACUAUCACGUCCUGUUAAUUUAAGAGGGACAACCCCGACAAUGAUAGCUGUGGUGUUACCUAGAUGUCUAAUUGUGUAUCAAAAAACCUUGAUUGUACAUUGUCGUGAUUAUAUUUUCCUAUAAAAGAACAUUUUCACAGCAGACAUUUCAACAUGUCCCAGUUAUGAUGGAUGAAUUUCAUUUAGCUGUUUCAGUUUUAGGAUCCUGGUAAUGUGAAUGCUGGCUCACUGUCAUGGCUUUGCUGGUACACUUACUCACACUAGAAUGGAGCCAUUGUUAACUAUUGUUGCUAACACCUAUGCUUUUCCGUAAUGAUAAGUCAGUGUCUGCUGUGAAAAAAAGGUCUAUUAUGAGACAGUGUUGUUGUUUUUUGUGUCAAUGUGUAAUAGAAGGAAAGGUAGGAAAUAGAAAAGGACCAGGAAUGUAAAAAGUUGUGAAAUGUUAGCUAUAGAAAACAUACAAACUAUUGUUUUAAAAGUAAUUUUCAGUACUAUAAAAUACAUAAUUGGAUAUUACAUUGCACUUUUUGUAGGAAAUUAUGAAGCUCCAGUGUCUUUCACUCUCUCUUAGCCACUAUCACAGUGACGAGAUAUUUAUCAAAAUGAUUAUCUAUAUUGUUCCAUCAAUGACUGCGGCUGUAAUUCACUGUGAGGGUUAACAGGAAACUUCUUUAUGCACAAAAUUGUAACUUGAUUGUAGGCUUUACUUAUAUAUUAUUUGUUGUUACUCUGGUUGCACUUUUUUAUUUUGUAUGGACUUGUUAUGUGACUUUAUUCUGGAAUCAGUGAAUGUUUAUAAUGAGUGUGUGAUGUGCCUAUGCUAUACAUCAUGGAUGCAUGCUACAAAUUUAAAAAGAGAAUCAGAGAAUAU